AUGAACUACACCACUCCCUUGAUUCGAAGAAGAUUACCGAGUAGUGCUUCUGUCGCUCGUUCUGCUGGUCGGAGAGUCCUCCUGCGAACAUUCUCAACGCAAACCAACGAACCGGGCCCUGCCGCGACGACACAAAAAUCGUCCUCUCGCGCGACACCUAUAUCCAAGGCUCCGAGGCAUGAAGUACAUGAAGGCACAGAGUCUAUAAGCAUACCCUUUAAUCCACCUGGAGCGGGCAGUGGACCGAAUAUUGGAGGCUCGGGCAGCAACAUUCAAAUUACACGUUCUGCGUUGGUCGAUGCUGCUCUGACUACUGUAAUUGGUCUCGGGAUGGUUUUCAUUGGGGGUAUCGGGUAUUUGGCGUGGUAUAAGAAGAAUGUAUUGGACAAGAUUGAGCUCGCGUUUGCUCCGGGAUAUGACCCAGCAUUGGAAGUCGCGAAAAACCAUCUCAAGAAAGCAAGUUCAAAGGCAGAUGACGACGAAGAUUCUUUGUGGACAGAACACUUUCGACGAGUAGAGCAAGAUGCAGUCGACCGCGCGAUAAAAGGCGAAGACUCCGGUCAUUAUUGUGUUCUUCUUGGUCCCAAGGGUUCUGGGAAGGGUACUAUGAUAUUUGACGCCAUGAAUACUAUUCAAGCAGACGGCGUUGCUAUGUGUGAAGCUCAUCCUGAUCUGGAAGUGUUUCGGCUACGACUCGGGAAAGCACUCAACUUCGAGUUUCAUGAAGACUCUCAAACGGGCUUGUUCCAAAGACGAGAUCCGCGGGAAGGUGGUCCGGCUCUCGAUAUUGAAAGAGCUCUGAAUAAACUCGAAAAAGUUGCUCUCCGAUGCGUCCAACGCAGAGGAAAACCUCUGGUACUUGUUAUAAACAAUGUACACUUUUUCAGAAAUGACGACGACGGGCGCAACAUGAUCCUGCAACUCCAGCAGCGAGCAGAAUCUUGGGCUGCAAGUGGUAUUCUGACAUUGGUAUUUACGCUUGACGACUUCUGGCCUUUCUAUGUUAUGCGGAAAAAUGCUAGUAGAAUGCAUGCAAGUCUAUUCUCCUCACCGUACGCCCUCACUGCUCUACGCCGGUUGCGUUCAGACGCAAGACACAACGUGGAAGAUCUUGAGGAGCUCAAUGCCGCGAUCUCAAGUGUUGGAGGGCGACUCUCGUUUCUGAAUGUGCUUGCACGUUCCAAAGACCUCGGCGAGGCAGUUAAACGUUUGCUGAGCGUUGAGAAGGCGUGGUUGCUAAGCCAGAUCGGGCUCAUCACGGACUGUGAUGAUGAUGUAAUGGAUGAGCAAAAAUGGAGUUCUUGCUCGUGGCUCCUACUGCAGGAGUUUGUCAAGCUGAGGCUUGAACAGGAACGAGAGCUUGAAGAGUCCGGCAAGGGCAGUCUAGAGGAAUUGCCCUUGCCCGUUAUACCUUAUUGGCAAUGCAGGCAGAUAAUGACCCGUGCUGAUUUCCUCGAAGAACUCGAUCGGAAAAACAUUAUUGCUAUCGAUGCUAACCAUGACGUGCGGCCUGACUCAAUGCUGAUCUUAUUGGCAGCAAAAGAAGUCGUAGGCAAAGAUGGCUUCGAAGAAAGUCUGACUAGCGUGAGGGACCGUAUCGACGAUAUUGAGAGUCUACAUCGUACCCGAGAAUUGACGUUCAAGGACCUGGGCAAGGGCGAUAGGAUCCGGCUGGUCGUCGACAAGGGAGGUGCAGAGCUUUGGGAGGCCCGCUCUUCCCAUUAA